UGAAUUUAUUGUUUGCCUAGCUGGACUUCAGUGCAAUAUCUUCAUCCCUAUUACCGUCACAGUCAUAGUCUGAGUACACUUGUUUUAUCAUGAGCGCACGCUGGCACAACGCUCUAAAGCUCGCUCUGCAAAAGGAAGGCGGCAUGAAAAAUGUCUUUCAGCUCGCAACUACCGACUUCAACAACGCUACUCCACACGUCCGUUGCCAUGUCCUCAGGGGCCACGUCGUCCAUCCAUCCCUGCCUUCUCUACCCCUACUCCUCACAACCACAGACAUCCGCACUCCAAAGGUCGCUCAGAUCAAGUCCCACCCUAGCCAUCGCGUAGAAGCGCACGUCUGGAUCAAAGCCACGAACGAGCAAUUCCGCAUCUCUGGACAUGCGGCUAUCUACCCCUCACCCGAACUUCAGGAGAACAAAGGAAUCGAGGGCGUGGGAGAGGUGUAUGAUGCAUUCCGGAGUCAGGGGUGGGACUGGGAGGACGAGCGACAGAGGCAAUUUGAUAAUGUCGGUGCACACAUGCGCGCAUCUUGGUGCCGGCCUGUUCCGGGUUCCCCCAUGGACUCUUACAGCGAUGCAGAAAAGUGGCCUGUCGAAGUUGCGAAACCCGGAGAGGAAGGGUAUGACGCUAAGAAUUACGAGGAGGCCCGAGGAAACUUUGCGUUGGUUCUGAUUGAUCCCAUUGAAGUUGACUAUAUCGAACUUGGAGUUAUGCCUAACCGGAGGACAAAGUUCGUUAGACAGGAAUCAGAUGAUGAGAGAUGGAAGGAAGUGAUAUUGGUCCCAUAGUCUCCACUAUACCUUCCAGGACGUCAACCUAUGAGACUCGGGAAGCAGAAGGCACUGUUACAAAAGAAAUUCCAGAAUUAUAGAGCGUCCAGCACAACAUGUAUAAUACCACACCAUAUGAUGCAUACACCUGUGAUUUCAACCGAAAUCAAAUACUACAGAGUAUGUAAUCUACCCAGCCCGUCUUCCUACGAUCCAUGAUCAUUAACUUACAACCUUGACACCAGUUUAGUACAGCGGAUCUCCCUUAUCGUCCAAUGAGCUUAAUCUCAAGUGCACGCAGCGGAAGAUAAGUAACAGCCGAGAAAGCAGCUGCGAGCUAUAUGAA